AUGCCGGCUUCUAAUAAAGUAUUUCUAUCGGUGGUGCUCGGAGCCGCAUGCCUCUACUUUUAUGAUGUGCAAUAUAAUCAGGGCCAGAAUGUUGAGGCAUUAGGACUUUAUAAUUGGAAUAGGCGUAAGCAAACUGUCAGUGCAUUCACUCGACAGAUGGAUUUCAGUCCAUCGGCAGCUUCUAGUUAUGGAGAAAACAAGUACUCGCAAUUCAGUGAUGGUGCGAAGGACAAGUAUCUUCAGGCUAAGAAGCAGGCCGAGGCAGCAUAUGCAUCUGCCUAUGACAACAUGAUUGCUGCCCAGAAGGGACUUUCUGGACAUUACUCUGACUUGAAGAACUGGGGCGAGGAGAAAAACAGUGAGGCCAAAGAGCAGUAUGAGAAGACUGUGAAGCAACUGGAUGAUGCACGCAAGAAUCUUCAACAGUAUGGAUCGGAUGCUGUUUCCCAGGUCGAUGCAGCUUACUCCAAGAUGACAGACUCCGUGAAAUCUCAGUAUGUGAAGGUUUCUGAUAAGAUAUCUGCGGGAAAUGAGAGAUCAAAGGAACUUGCUCAGGAUGCAUAUGAUAGUGCACUCUCUCAGUUCGAUGUUGCUAAAGCCAAGUUGGACAGCUCUAAGAAGUUUUUCGGUGUUUGGAAGAGUGACCAGUACGAUCAGUUCAAGAGACAGUAUGAUGCAUCCAGGAAGCAUGUAGAGGAUACAAAGAAAUCGUUGCAACAGUAUGGCGAGGACACUAUUAAGAAAGCUGAAGAUGCUCAUAAGAGAAGAGCGGAUGCAAUCCGGAAUUCUUUUGGUAAUACGAAGGAACAGGCCGAGAAUUAUUACUUUGAACUUGCAGCCAGUGCGGAGGAGUUACGGAAGAGUGUUCAGGCCCAAGGUACUGCAGCCUCGGCCGAAAUCCAGAAAAAGGCUGCUGAUGCUCAGCAAGCUGCUUUCUUGGCCGAACAGAACCUCAAAAAGUAUGGCAAAGAUGCUUAUAAGCAGACCACCGACAAGUUCGUUCAACUCUCUGAUGAUAUGAAGAAGUCAUAUGCCAAAAAUGCAGAUGCUCUCGAAAGGCAAUGGGACAAAGCGACUUCUAAUGUUAAGGGAACAUAUGAAACCAUGGCCGGAAAAGUUCAGAGUGGAAUUGAUGCUGUUCAAGAUGCUGCAUCAGAAGGUUAUAAUUCCGUUGUGACUGAAGCCAACAAAGCGUACGCUUCUGCUUAUGACAAGUACAGGGAGGCUCAAGAGGCUGUUGAUGAAGUGAACUCUGGAUUUUUGUCCUGGACUUCAGAGCAAUCAAAGCAGGCUUCGGAGAAGUUGGCUGAGGCCAAAAAACAAUGGGAAGACUCCAAGAGUGCGUUGGAUAAAUAUGGAUCCGACGCAGCAAAGAAAGCUCAAGACAAGUACGAUUCUACCAUCAGUGCUAUACAGAAUUCUUUUGGAUCGUCAAAAGAUGCUGCAGUUGAAAGAUAUAAUGAGUUUGCUGCCCAAGUUGAAGCAGCACAGAAUGCUAUUGAGGCCAAAGGAAAAGCCAAUGCUCAAGAUGCCCAGGAUAAACUUGACCAGGCAAGAUAUAAUCUUGCAUUAGCAAAAGACAAUCUUAAGAAGUAUGGCCGUAAUGCAGCGAAGGAUGCUCAGAAUAAUUACUCUAAGUUAACACAAAGAGCAAAAGAUUCUUACGCUGCGGCAGCUGAGCAGUUUUCAUCAAAGUACAAUGAUGUUAGCAAGGCUGCUAGGAAGAGUUUGAGAGAAUCAUACGAAGCGGCCGAAAAGAAAUCUGAAGAGGCAUAUUUGAAAGCAUUGGACAGAUACAAUUAUGCAGUGAAGUCUAGUGAGGAAUUCCAACAGAAGGCCUCUGAUUGGAAUGACAAGAAUAAGGCGGAAGCUCGGAAAUCUAUUGACGAGGCAAAAGCUGCUUUGGAUAGUGCUCAGAAAUCACUUUUGGAAUAUGGUGAUGAGGCUAUGUCCGAGGCAAGGAAGAACUACGAUGAGGGUGUUGAGCGGAUCAGGGCUUCUUUUGGUAAAACUAAAGAAGAUGCUGCUAAUGCGUAUGUGAACGCUCAAAAUGAGGUUCAGAGUUAUGAAAAGCAAUUAGAUUCCCUUAAAGCCAGCUGGUUUGGAUGGAACAAGCAGCAACAGGAGGUCAUUCAGCAGAAACUUGACCAAUCUCACAAGCAGUUGGUGCUUAGUGAGGAACAUCUCAAGGACUUUGGUUCUGAUUUCAAGGCUGAAGUUGAAAACAAGUUCAAGAAAUGA